AUGAGCACAAUUUUCAAGAUUAGUCAAAAUUUACUAACCUAUUCAUUGAUCUGGUGUAUUAUUAUUACAAGCCUAACAAAUGGUCUCAAUACACGUAUACAUGAUGAAAGAAUGCUACGUAAACUUGUCAGCUUUGUUCAUUCUUCAACAUUGAACAAAAAUCUAUGUCUAAUCAAUUCAAACAAACAACAAACUUCUAAUUCAGCUACUACUACUACUACUACUACUACUACUACUACUACUACUACUACUACUACUGACAAUGAUCUUUCGCCGUCAGCAUCCACAACAAUGACUACAACCACAGUGAUUAAUUUAAAUGAUACAUUCUAUCCAAUUUUUGAUCGUUUAAUCACGCAACAAUCAUUAACACAAAAUUUUCUUCAAGAUAUACAUAGAUCUAUAGAAAUUAUGCGAUAUUUCAAUCGUUUUACUGAGAAUAAUAAUAAUAAUCUGAUUAAUAAUUAUUCGCCAAAAAAACAACAAUUAAAAUUAUAUUUAAUGAAUUUGUUAGAAUUAACUCAACCGAUUCAAAUGAAAGAUGUUGAUAAUGAUUUAUUGCGAAAUUUAACAUUGAACAAUUAUUCAAAAUCCAAUUUACACGGGAUUGGUUAUUGUUCCAAUGGUUUAUUAAUGGCUUAUGUAAAUAAUUACACAAUGAUUAGUAGUUUUUCUGAUAGUAGUAAUUCUAUCAAAUCUAAUAAUAAUGAUGAUGAUGAUGAUAUUUGUAGUCGAUUUCUAUUCAAUGUUCAAUUAUUUGGAAGUAGUAGUAGUAGUAGUAGUAAUAAUGAAAAUAAUAAUAAUAAUGGCACUAUUCGUUUUAAUGAUUUUCAAUAUGGUGAAUUUUCAUCAUUUUGGGCACCAGUUCAAUGUGAAUCCAAUUCUGCGCUACCAAUUGUUUUACGAUAUUUUAUUUGUACAAAAGAAAAAUGUUUAUUUUUUGAAUACGAUUUGAAAGAUUUUGUUAUCGAUCAAUGUGCAUUGAAUAUAAAUCGAUGUGGUGCAACAACUCAAUGUGUCUACAAACAGUAUUAUCCAUUUGGAUUUAGUAUGGAUAAUUAUCUAUGUGAAUGUUCACCAGGAUAUUAUAUUGAUAAUGCAGAAAAUGGUUAUCCAGCUCCAUUAAUUGAAUCUAAACUACAAACAGCUUUAAUGAAGAAUGAUGAAAUGGAUUUACCGAAAUUUUAUUGUCGUUCAUGUCCAAUUGGUUGUUACAAAUGUCAUACCAAUAAAUUAUGUCAUGUACAAUUAGAUUAUAAUUUACUUCGUUCAAUUCCAUUGGCAUUUCAAACAUUCUGUAUAACAAUUUGUUUAUUAUUUGGUAUAGGCAUGUUUAAAUUACGUAGAGCAAGAGUAGUUAAAAGUGCUAAUCUUGUACUAAUGGAAAUAAUGCUUGUAGGUGCAAUUCUUCUCUAUUCAACAAUAGUGGUCAUGUAUUUUCCUGUCAGUGAUAUAACAUGCCUUAUUCUUCCAUGGUUUCGUGAAAUCGGUUUUUCAAUUAUGUAUGGUGUAUUAAUUGUAAAAAUCUAUAGAGUUCUCUCUGGUUUUCAAUCUCGUAAAGCUCAUCGUGUUCAUGUACGUGAUAAAGAUAUUUUAAAAUAUUUAGGAAUGUUUCUUAUGAUCACAUUCACUUAUAUGAUUGCAUGGACAGCAAUUAAUUUAGAUUAUAUCACUAUUAGUCCAUGGAAUCGAAAUGAUCAUUUAUUGAUGAAAAAUGAUCAAUCUAUUGAAUCGUUUGUUAGUAUGAAACAAGAAGGUUAUAUUCAUUUUAAAAAAAUCAAUAAUACUAAUACUAUUGAUCAUAAUGGAACUAGUACUGUACAAGAAAAUCAAUUGUUCAAUGAUAAUGUUCAAGAUGAAAUUGUUACUUUUGCAGUAUGUCGUGCAAUGUCAUGGGAUGUAGUUGUUGAAUUAGCUGAAUUUAUCAUCUUGGCUAUUAGCAUACAUUAUUGUCGACUUGUACGAACAGCACCAUCGGAGUAUAAUGAAACACAAUAUAUUGGUGUAGCUUUAAUCAUUGAAAUGAUCGUAUCUGGAUUUUUACAUUUAUUAAGACAUUUCAUUUGGUACAGUGUUCAUCCUGAUUAUAUAUUUCUUCUAUAUUUUGCACGAUCUCAUAUCACUGUAACAGUGAAUCUGUUAUUAAUAUUUGUACCAAAGGUAACAUUUUUAUGUCGUUCAUCGAAAACUUUCUGUAAUACAACAAAUCGACAACGUGGUUCACCUGGUGUUGCUUAUCCAGGAGAUCCACAUUUACUACCUACUGGUGGUGGGAAAUUGAAUUUAGUCUCAAAUGGUGAUUUAGAUAUUGCUGAUGUGAAUUUAGCCGAUAUGGAUCCGGAAGUAAUCAGGCGUGAACUGAAACGUCUUUAUACACAAAUUGAAUUGUAUAAAACUAAAGCGAUGCGAAAAGAUAAUCCACAUAUAAGUAAACGUAGAGGUGGACGAAAACAACGUCGAUUCUCAUUACAACCAUUUCAUAAACGACAUCAUGGACAUAAUGCAUCUAGUGUCAGCGGUAAUCUCUUACCGUCAACUGAUACAGGUACUUGUUGUUGUUGUACUGAGUGUCAAUCAUCAAAACUAACAGUAAAAUUAUGUCCACAUUAUUGUAGUCGUCAUUUAAUUGGUACUAGUAGUAGUGGUACAACAUGUCAUAAACACCUUAUUAAUGAUCAUCAUGACAAUAAUAGUGGAUUAUUAUUAUUAAAUCGUAACAACAAUAAUUAUUCCACCAUAUUGCAUGAUGAAGAAAUUUCGAAACUUUCAGAAGAAUCAACUAACAGUGGUGUAGAUGAUCAAUUGUCAGUGAAUAAUUUAAUGACCAUUGGACAACAGCCGCAACAAACAACAGCGGCGGCGGCGGCGGCGACAACAACGACGACCACAUCACCGCCACCGCCAUCAUCGACAUCAUUAAAACAACAUGAAUAUUUACAAAAUAAACUACCUUGUCCAAUGAAUUUGAAUACAAAAGAUAAACAAAUCAAAUUACCGUCAAUAUUACAACAUAAAAAUGAUGAUGUUGAUGGUGCGGACGAUGAUGAUGAUGAUGCAGAUGCGGAUAGUAGGGAUAAAAAGAAGCAAUCAAAAUGUAAAAAAUCAAUGAAUAAAACAAGAUGAACUAAUAUUCAAAAUUUUUAACUGUGAAUAGUCGUCAACUUCUUCAUUUUUUUUUUAUUAACCUGUGAUGUGACAAAACACGCAUUAAAUAAAUAAUAACACAAUCUUCUUCAAUCAGGAGUUCUACAAGUUUUGACAAUGGUGUACUUUUUCACAAUGAAAACACAGCCACAUUUCUAUCUCAUGUACACAUGGUUUCGUGUCUACGUGUCUACAUGUGUGUGUGAGUGCGAGUGUGUAUGGGUGUAUGUAAAUGCUCAUUACAGAAUGCAGUCAGUACCCAGUUUCUACUACUUCAAUUGUACUUCAAUUCAAACAACAGCACACCGCAUUGGAUCAUCAUUCUAACCAGAUAACUAACAAAACAAAAACCAAAAUUUAUCGUUUCAUAUUUGCAUAUAUAUAUAUGUGUGUGUGUUUGUUUGUUCAAUGUUCAAACGUUUCGUUUUUCCUUUUCCUUUUUGAUUUGUCGAUUUUUCUCGCUCUCUUCUGUCUCUCUCAAAUUUUUUUCCCGAGUGGUUUUUUUUUUAAUUUUAAAAUAGUCGGUUUUAUUUCAUGUUAUCUUUUCUGUAAUUAUCAUCCAAACAAAACUGCUCCAUCUCAAAUUCAAGUGAAUACAAAUAGUAUUUCUUGCAUUGUUGAAUGUCAUUCAUGAUCACUCAGACACACACAGACACAGACAGACACACAGACACACACACUGUCAGCACUCUGUCUCCACCUUUCUCUUGCCUUUUUUCACCAACAGCUUCGUCCCGUUAUGAGCAGGCACCUACCUACCUACCUACCUACCUAUCAAAUGUGACACAUACAAUUGACAAGAGAUUUUCUUCAAUCUUUCCAUUUCACAUUGGAAGCAAAUGUGAAAAAAAUGAUUCGUUUUGUUUUUCUUUUUUGUAAAUGAUUUUCAUUGUACUGCUCUCUUCUCUCUCUCUCUCUCUCCCUUACUUUUCAUCACGGUUUGACAAUAAACCAACCUCUUUAUCCCUCUUCUUGUCCAUGUGUGUGUGUAUGUGCUUAUGAAACAUGCGAAACCAACUCCAAAUGAAACUCUGUAAUCAAGUCGAACGAAUUAUUUAUUGAUUGAUUGAUCGAUCGAUUGAUUUAUUGAUUGACUGACUUAUUAUUUAUAACUGCAUAUGUGCAAUCAGAAACAAAAAAUAAGAAUGCCAAUAGUUACAGUAAAAUAA